UUAAAAAAAGUAACUUACAUUUUCUUUGUUUUUCUACUGUUAUUGUUGCAUUUUAAGGAUGUGGAAGAGCAGUUCGAGAUGUGUUUGUCAGUGAGCCGGAGCCGGGGAUCAUUAAGGAAUGACAGACUGAAUCUCUCCGGUGCGUUUCUACUCAAACCCGAGAGGAAUAAACUCGGACAACCGUGACGGAUCGUCUACAGAUAGCAGUAUUACAUGUCCAACUUCACUAACGCUUCAGUAUGUCGGUGAACGGGAUUCAGGACGGUCCGGUUACCUUGGCGGAGACGCGCACGGGCGGAGGAGCGCACGAGAUGACGGCGCGUGGGACAGGUCCGUCUCUGCCGCGUUUCGUGCGUCUUAAGUUUACACCGGAAUCUCUGGAGAAAGUUUAUCAGACGUAUUUUCUGCGGCAGCGGCAGGAGACGUUGCUGGUGCUGAUCGUGUUCGCGGCUCUCUUUAACGGUUAUGUCAUCAUCAUGUGCGCGGUGGUUUACUCUCAGGAUAAACUGAAGACGCUCGCCGUGGCGGCAGGCGGGCUGGCGUCGGAUAUUCUGCUCUACAUUUUGUGCCGGCUGCGUUUGCUGCCGGAGUCCGUGUCCCGGAGCCUCGUGCCUUACGCGCUCUGGCUGCUCAUCACGGUCCACGUGCUCUGUUACUUCAGUUUGAACUUCGCGGGAUUUUACGCGGCCGGUGACACUGUCGGAUGGCAGACAUUCUUCCUCUUCUCCUUCUUUCUCACGCUCCCGCUGCCGCUUGCGCCCAUCGCGCUCCUGAGCGCGCUCUCGUGCUGCGCGCACACGCUGCUGCUGGGAUUCACUAUUGCGCAGAGACACCAAGACAAAUUGCAGUUAACAGUGCUGAUCAGACAGCUGGUGGCGAAUCUGAUGCUCUAUUUUUCUGCCAUGUUGGUGGGCGUGAUGUCAUAUUUCAUGGCCGACCGUAUGUACCGCACAGCGUUCCUAGAGGCUAAACAAUCUCUGGAAGUCAGUCUUACGCUGAAGGAACAGAGCCAACAGCAGGAGGAGUUGCUGUUGUCCAUCUUACCGAAGCACAUAGCAGAUGAGAUGCUGCAGGGCAUGAAGAAAGGAGCCAAUCAGAAAUCAGAUGCUCAGCAGUUCAACACCAUGUACAUGUACCGCCACGAAAACGUCAGUAUCCUUUUCGCAGACAUCGUAGGUUUUACACAACUGUCGUCUGCCGUGACCCCGAAAGAACUUGUGAAAUUACUCAACGAGCUCUUUGCUCGCUUUGACAAACUAGCAGCACAACACCACCAGCUGAGGAUCAAGAUUCUGGGAGACUGUUAUUACUGUAUCUGUGGUUUGCCAGAUUACCGAGAAGAUCACGCGGUCUGCUCUAUUAUGAUGGGCCUGUCUAUGGUGGAGGCCAUCUCAUAUGUUCGUGAAAAAACUCAGACGGAAGUGGACAUGCGUGUAGGUGUGCACACGGGUACUGUCCUCGGUGGAGUCCUGGGACAGAAGCGCUGGCAGUUUGAUGUCUGGUCCACUGAUGUAACCGUGGCAAAUAAGAUGGAGUCAGGAGGAAUCCCGGGGCGUGUGCACAUCUCCCAGAGCACGAAGGACUGUUUGCAUGGUGAAUUUGAGCUGGAGGAGGGCAAUGGAGGAGAGCGUUGCGAGUAUCUUCUGGAGAAAGGCAUCGACACGUACCUGGUGCUGGUGUCUAAAGACACUCCCAAAACAAACGGAGUAACCAAUGGCACAAUGAUUCACACCACAAAUCCCAGCGGCAGCUACACAUCAGUAAAGAACAUACCUGAGGAGUCAGAAACACAGCAGUUACAGUUGGCUAUUAUGACCGAUGAACUGAUGGAGGACGAGCAUCUAAAUUACUUGCUGAAUAAAUCUUUGCUGGAGAGAGAGACAGAGGAGACUCUGGAAAAGAAGAAGACAUCAACUCUGUCUCUGAGGUUUGAGGACUCUGAUCUGGAGUCUCGUUAUUCAGCAGAGAAGGAGAGACGGACAGGCGUUGCUUUCAGCUGUUGUUGUGUUGUUCUGAUCUUCACCUCAGUCAUGGAAAUUCUCAUCGAUCCACAGCUAAUUGUUAAUUAUGUGACCCUGGCUGUUGGUGAGCUGUUACUGCUGAUUCUGACUCUGUGUUCACUAGCGGCCAUCUUUCCUCAGGUCUUCCCCCGGAAGCUGGUGUCAUUCUCGCAGUGGAUCGACCGCACACGGUGGGCUCGAAACACAUGGGCCAUGGCUGCCAUAUUUGUUCUGACCAUGGCUGAGGUGGCCGAUAUGCUGAGCUGUGUUCAGCCUCCUUUCGUGCUUCUGAACACCACAUCCGGCAUGACCCUCGAGUCCCUGGGUGACGGCGGAUGUGCAGAGAACCCCAAACACUACGGAUACAUAUCAGUGCUGUCACUUGUGGCCACUGUCAUGCUGGUGCAGCUCAGCCAUGUGGUCAAGCUGGCGCUCAUGCUGUUGGUUACAAUAGCAACAGGUGCUGUAAACCUCCACAGCUGGAUGUACAUUUACGACAUCUAUGAUUUAAUUCGCUACCUUGACUACAGUUAUUCAGUGGUUCCCACCAGAUAUCUGCUGACCAUGAUGAUUAUCAUCAUGAUGAUGAGUUUCUACUAUUUUGCACGUCAAGUGGAAAAACAGUCACGUAAACUGUUUCUGUGGAAGAUUGAGGUUCAUGAUCAGAAGGAGAAAGUGUAUGAAAUGAGAACAUACAACGAGGCGCUGGUCACUAACAUGCUUCCUGAACACGUGGCCAAACACUUCCUGGGCUCCAAGAAGAGAGAUGAGGAACUUUACAGUCAGUCUUAUGAUGAGAUCGGCGUGAUGUUCGCCUCUAUUCCUAACUUCUCUGACUUUUAUACGGAGGAGAGUAUAAACAAUGGAGGGAUAGAAUGCCUCCGGAUCCUGAAUGAGAUCAUCUCUGACUUUGACAGUCUUCUGGAUCGCACAGACUUUCGCUAUAUUACGAAGAUCAAGACCAUUGGUAGCACAUACAUGGCUGCAUCAGGCGUGACGCCGGAGAGCAACACCAACAGAUACACCGAGCGCAAGAUAGAGGAUCAGUCCAUGUUGGAGCGCUGGCAACACUUUGCUGAUUUGGCAGACUUUGCACUGGCUAUGAAAGUCACACUUGGAAACCUAAACAAACAGUCAUUCAAUAACUUCAUGCUGCGCAUAGGUCUGAAUAAGGGGGGUGUUUUAGCUGGAGUGAUUGGCGCUCGCAAACCUCAUUUCGAUAUUUGGGGAAACACUGUAAAUGUGGCCAGUCGUAUGGAGUCCACUGGGGUUAUGGGUAACAUACAGGUGGUGGAGGACUGCUGUAACAUCCUGAAGGAGUACGGUUUCCGUUUCGUCAGAAGAGGACCCAUCUAUGUAAAAGGAAAAGGAGAACUGCUCACUUUCUUCAUGAAGGGCAAAGACAAGCCUGUCGCAAAGACGACCGCAGUCUCUCUCCCACAUCAAAUACCAGACAAACCCUGAGAAGAGAGAAACAAUAGAAAGGGGACAGAGUCUCCCUAAUGAACACUGAAGCUCAACAUUGUCUGCAGCACAUAGACAAUAACGCUGAAAAAUUACCCAUUAAAAACAACAGCCAAAGGUUGUAUUACCUGAAAAA